AUGCCAGAUCUGGGGGGAAGGUUAAGAGAAUGGCCCAGCCUGGAGGGAUCGGUGGAAAGGGGCGAUCCCCGACUCCCGGGCGGCGCCCUCCCAGCCCAGUUCCUAAGAUGCGCUCAGCGGCGGUGGUCCAACGUGCGCCAUCCAGCCGCCCACAACAGAGCAGAGCUCAGGGGCCUCAGGUGCUCGCAAGCGCUAACGGGGAUUGAAGUAGGCGCAAGGGGGCCCGGUGUCUCAGCCGCGUGCUCAAAGGAUCCCAGGACAGGUGGCCAUGAAGAAGGGAGCUGGAGGUCCAAGAACUUCUCGCCCCCAGAGACUGGGCGGGGCGGCCCCGGGGCCACAGAAACACGGCUCUCAAGCCCUGCUGCCGCCCCUAGUCCGGGACACGGCCCUCGGGGCACCGCAGGCUCCAUCGGGGGACGUGGGACCACGGGGCCGCGUGGGCGACUCCGCCGGAAGGCGCGGGAGAGCCAGGAGGCCGCACUGCAGCGUCAUCCCCGAGGGCCGGCCGCGCCGAGCAGCCCCCGCCGGUCCAGCCACCCGCCCGCAACUCUGGUUCCAGCACUGCUCGCCCCGGGGCGCCCGCCUCCACCUUCUCUUCCUCACCCGGCGCUGGCUCCGCCUGGCCCCGCCCCGGACACUCACCUGCGCCGGCUCCGGGCUGGGCGCACCGCCGCCUCCCAGCUCUGCGCCGAGUCCACAGCAGAGAGAGAACGCAAAAAGAAUCCUGGUUCGCUGCGGGCCGAUGGACGGAACCCAAGGCACGCCCGGGCCGCACCGAAGGCGGCGCCCCGCACCUCCACAGCUCGACGCGGGAAGAGGCGGCGCCCGAGCGCGAAGCCCGGCGGGGGAACAAAGAGGAGCCGGGAUGGGGCCGCGCGCUUCCUGGGUGUCGGGUGA